GUAAAAUAUAUUAGUGCAGUGACUUUUCAGUUAAGGUGAAAAUUAAAUAAGUGCAGUGAAAAAAAAUGGCUCGUACAAAACAAACAGCCCGUAAAUCGACUGGUGGUAAAGCACCACGCAAGCAAUUAGCAACCAAAGCAGCUCGUAAAAGUGCUCCGGCAACUGGUGGUGUAAAGAAACCUCAUCGUUAUCGCCCCGGUACAGUGGCAUUACGUGAAAUUCGUCGUUACCAAAAAAGUACUGAAUUAUUAAUCCGAAAAUUACCAUUCCAACGUUUGGUUCGAGAAAUUGCUCAAGAUUUCAAAACAGAUUUACGUUUCCAAAGUUCUGCUGUUAUGGCUCUACAGGAAGCAAGUGAAGCAUAUUUGGUUGGUCUGUUUGAGGAUACAAAUUUGUGCGCCAUUCAUGCAAAGCGUGUCACAAUUAUGCCAAAAGAUAUUCAAUUGGCCAGACGUAUUCGUGGAGAACGUGCUUCCAUGAGUAUCAUGAACAGUUUUGUAAAUGAUAUUUUUGAGCGUAUCGCCGCCGAAGCAUCACGUUUAGCUCAUUACAAUAAACGUUCAACUAUCACUAGUCGCGAAAUCCAAACUGCUGUACGUUUACUUUUGCCUGGUGAAUUAGCCAAACAUGCUGUGAGCGAAGGUACCAAAGCUGUUACUAAAUACACAAGUUCCAAUGAAAAAAAAAAAAAUAUGGCUCGUACAAAACAAACAGCCCGUAAAUCGACUGGUGGUAAAGCACCACGCAAGCAAUUGGCAACCAAAGCAGCUCGUAAAAGUGCUCCGGCAACUGGUGGUGUAAAGAAACCUCAUCGUUAUCGCCCCGGUACAGUGGCAUUACGUGAAAUUCGUCGCUACCAAAAAAGUACUGAAUUAUUAAUCCGUAAAUUGCCAUUCCAACGUUUGGUUCGAGAAAUUGCUCAAGAUUUCAAAACAGAUUUACGUUUCCAAAGUUCUGCUGUUAUGGCUCUACAGGAAGCAAGUGAAGCAUAUUUGGUUGGUCUGUUUGAGGAUACAAAUUUGUGCGCCAUUCAUGCAAAGCGUGUCACAAUUAUGCCAAAAGAUAUUCAAUUGGCCAGACGUAUUCGUGGAGAACGUGCUUAAUUGAUUUGAAGAAGAUAAAUAUCCAAACGGUCCUUUUCAGGA